ACGGACCUUCUUUCUCAUUUCCCAAACCCCACAAAUUCCAGUCUUCUUCUCCAUUUCUUCAUCAAGAAUCAAUCUCUCUUCCUUUCGGAGAAACUUCAGCUCCUAUAUAAAAUGGCAAAAGGAGGCAAACUCACCAAGCUCAAGUCCAUGCUAAAGAAAAUGCAAUCUUUCAAGCUCGGCCGCUCCAAUGAGACCUCUAUCAACAAUUUCUUAGAUGAUGAUGAAACUGCCCCCGGAAAAGACCUCCACCCCGUCUAUGUGGGCAAGUCACGGCGGCGCUACCUCAUCACCACCGAUGUCAUGGACAACCCACUCUUCCGUGAGCUGGUGGAGCGGUCCGGGGCCUCUGGUGACAUGAUCACGGUCGGGUGUGAAGUUGUGCUUUUCGAGCAUUUGCUUUGGAUGCUGGAAAAUGCUGAUCCUCAGCCUGAAUCCUUAGACGAGCUUGUCGAGUUUUAUUCGUGUUAAUGCAUUUAUUAACUGAAAAUAACUUGUGUUCUAUGGAUCAUUCCUAUAUAUGGUAUAUAGUUUCUAAAUAUUAAUGUUUUUUUCUAACCUAGUCUCGUUUUCCUUUUUUUAAUAAAGCAAGAUAAUUUCUCCCUAAAAUGAUAAUACCAGACAGUGAUGGAGGAUGGUGUAACAUUCAAAGUAUACUAUGGAAGAGACUAGAGCUAAGCCAUUUUACUGGAAUCAUCUUAAUUAAGGAAAAUCCUAAUGUGUAUCAUAUCAAUAAUUUCAGUUGUAUUGUUGAUGUUAUUUGUUCAUCAUUUCAAUUUGUAGUUCCCAUAAGGCAUGUUAACGAUAAGAAAAUAUUUAUUUACUCAAUCGAACGAAAAUAAAAUUUAAUUUGACUUUUUGUUGUCUCUUUUACCAUAAACAUUUAGAAC